GAGGCCGUUUUGGUGACGCACGCACGCCCUCGCACGCACGGGGGAGGGAGGCCGGACUACUUACCCCGAGCUGCCGUAGCUGCUAGCUUUUUCUGCGGUAGUUGUGGCGACGGUGGCGGCGGCGGUAGCUGCGGCGACCACUGCUGCGGUGACGUUCUGGAAGCAGCCGCGGAGGAAGAGGAGAGCGCUGGCCGCAGGUGCAUCUUGGAUUGUGAGGGAGACACCCCUUUGGCACCUCCCUUCGUUCUCAUCCCUUCCAUCCCCCCACUCAAGACUCUUCUUCGAGUCUGGUUGACUGACUGAAUUGGGAAAGGAUCGAUCUGCGGUAGCCAGUACUUGUCAAAACUGGAGGGAGGGAGGCUCAGGGACUCCAAUUCCUCGGAUCAACAAAACCCAGUUACUUAAUUGCUGAAACUUCCCUGCCAACAUGGGGGAGCUUUUCCGCAGUGAAGAGAUGACGCUGGCACAGCUUUUCCUACAAUCUGAAGCUGCUUAUUGUUGUGUCAGUGAAUUAGGAGAACUUGGGAAAGUUCAGUUUCGGGAUUUAAAUCCAAGUGUCAAUGUAUUCCAACGGAAAUUUGUCAAUGAAGUUCGAAGAUGUGAAGAAAUGGAUCGUAAACUCCGGUUUGUUGAGAAGGAGAUAAGAAAAGCCAAUAUUUCUGUCCUGGACACAGGUGAAAACCCAGAGGUGCCUUUGCCCCGGGACAUGAUUGACCUAGAGGCAAACUUUGAGAAGAUUGAAAAUGAACUGAGAGAAAUCAACACAAACCAGGAAGCUUUGAAGAAAAACUUCCUGGAACUGACGGAAUUAAAAUAUAUACUACGCAAAACUCAGCAGUUUUUUGAUGAGAUGGCGGAUCCAGAUCUGUUGGAGGAGUCAUCAAACCUGCUGGACCCAAAUGAGAUCGGGAGAGGCACACCCUUACGGCUUGGCUUUGUGGCUGGUGUGAUUAACCGAGAGCGCAUGCCUACUUUUGAGCGUAUGCUGUGGAGAGUAUGCCGAGGGAAUGUAUUCCUGCGUCAAUCUGAAAUCGAGAAUCCUCUGGAGGAUCCUGUGACUGGAGACAACGUGCACAAGUCUGUAUUUAUAAUUUUCUUCCAAGGAGAUCAACUAAAAAAUAGAGUCAAGAAAAUCUGUGAAGGGUUUCGAGCUUCACUCUAUCCCUGCCCAGAGACACCACAGGAGAGAAAGGAAAUGGCGUCUGGCGUUAACACCAGAAUUGAUGACCUUCAAAUGGUUCUGAACCAAACAGAGGAUCACCGACAGAGGGUUCUCCAGGCAACUGCUAAAAAUAUCCGUGUCUGGUUCAUCAAAGUUCGGAAGAUGAAGGCCAUCUACCAUACCCUGAACAUGUGUAACAUUGAUGUAACCCAAAAGUGUCUGAUUGCUGAGGUCUGGUGUCCUGUCACUGAACUAGAUUCUGUUCAGUUUGCUCUCAGGAGAGGCACAGAGCGCAGUGGUUCUACAGUGCCCUCCAUUCUGAACAGGAUGCAGACAAAUCAGACUCCUCCAACUUACAACAAAACCAACAAGUUUACAUUUGGCUUUCAGACCUUGGUAGAUUCUUAUGGCAUUGGAAAAUACCGGGAGAUCAAUCCAGCUCCCUAUACCAUCAUCACUUUCCCUUUCCUAUUUGCUGUGAUGUUUGGAGACUUUGGCCAUGGGACUUUGAUUACUCUCUUUGCUGUGUGGAUGGUGCUUCGAGAGAGUCGAAUCCUUUCCCAGAAAAGUGACAAUGAGAUGUUUAGCACUGUGUUUCAUGGGCGGUACAUCAUUCUAUUGAUGGGUAUAUUCUCUAUCUAUACUGGACUUAUCUACAAUGACUGCUUUGGCAAGUCAGUUAACCUAUUUGGGUCAUCUUGGAGUGUCCGAGCAAUGAUACAGAAUAAUUGGACGAAAGACGAAAUAAAUCAGAAUUCACUUCUCCAGUUAGACCCGGCCGUCAAAGGUGUAUUCUCAGGACCCUACCCUUUCGGCAUUGAUCCGAUGUGGAAUUUGGCUCCAAAUAAAUUGAACUUCCUUAACUCGUACAAGAUGAAAAUGUCUGUCAUCCUUGGUAUUAUCCACAUGGUAUUUGGUGUUUCUCUCAGCCUCUUCAACCAUAUCUAUUUCAGGAAGCCUAUGAAUAUCUACCUUGAGUUCAUUCCUGAAAUUCUCUUCAUAACCUCAUUGUUUGGCUACUUGGUCAUCCUCAUUUUUUACAAAUGGAUAGCCUAUGAUGUUCAUUCUUCUAAGGAUGCCCCAAGCCUUCUGAUCCAUUUUAUAAACAUGUUUCUUUUCUCCUACUCGGGGAAAUUUAUUAAUGUACUUUAUCCUGGGCAGAAAAAAAUUCAGUGCUUUCUGGUAGUGGUUGCAAUACUGUGUGUUCCAUGGAUGCUGAUUUGUAAGCCACUGUUACUUCGUCAUCAGCAUUUAAAGAGGAAGCAUUUGGGAACUCACAACUUUGGUGGGAUCAGGGUGGGCAACGGACCGACUGAGGAGGAUGCUGAGAUUAUUCAGCAUGACCAGCUCUCCACCCAUUCAGAGGACGCAGACGAGCCUACGGAGGAUGAAGUGUUCGAUUUUGGCGACAUCAUGGUGCAUCAGGCCAUCCAUACCAUUGAAUAUUGCCUGGGCUGCAUCUCUAACACAGCCUCCUAUCUUCGACUCUGGGCCCUCAGCCUUGCUCAUACACAACUAUCUCAUGUGCUCUGGUCUAUGGUGAUGCGUAUAGCCUUCCAUCAGAAAAAUAUAGGAGGAAGUUUUGCCUUAGUCUUGUUCUUUUUAGGAUUUUCUGUGUUGACUGUUGCCAUCCUCCUAGUAAUGGAAGGUCUUUCUGCCUUCCUCCAUGCUUUAAGGCUGCACUGGGUCGAGUUCCAGAACAAGUUCUACAUUGGGACUGGCGUCAAAUUCGCCCCCUUCUCCUUUGAACACAUCCGUGAAGGGAAGUUUGAUGAAUGAGCAGUGGCCCAGCCUGUCCUGAUCAAUGUGCCCCAUCCCCCACCAUGAUGCUUAGCUCUUCUCUCCAGUCCACAUGUGUGUGUUGUGAUCCCUGAGGCCUGGCUACCCCUGAAGCUCUCUGACCAUCGAUGGAAGUCAUGUAGACUGUGAUCGCUCCCCUGUUCCGUUCCUGCUCCCUCCAGUUUUGUGUUCGUGAAGAGCAGCACAGCCAUGGUUCUGAUGUAGCUCCUGAGCAGAGAGCCCAGUUACCUUCCUAGCCUCCUGCCUGUUAGACUCUAGAGAGGCAAUGGUGGAAGACUCUUCCCUCACCUUUCCCAGUCUAUGAUUCACUAUCCUUCUCGCUUUUGUACCCACGCAGCUGUAAUAGCUGUUAGGGAGAGUUGACAUAUUUUUUCCCCUUCUCCUCUUAUUACAUGAAGGGAACAAUAGCUCCCCACUCCUGAUGUGUGUGCCCUAUACCUCUAGCAAGAAUUAAUGGAGGAAUUCCCAAACCUCAGAAGGGAAAACUUCCCCUAAACUCAUCACCAGAUGUGGGAAGAUGGAGAUUCUUUCCUCCCUCCUGGGGCCCUUCAGCCAUGAACCUUUAGAGGUUUUGUUGCAAUCUGGAGCUCAAAUGGAGUAGAAAGAGGAUAGGAGUGGCCUGGGCGUAGGACCAAGAACUCCACCCUCUUGACUCCCAGAAACACACAUGUCCUAAGGAGGUUGCUUUACCCCAGAUGUCUAAAUCCCUCCCACACACACAUUUGCCAUCCCUCGAAUAUGUUCAAAGUGCAGAGAAGGAAUUCCUCAGGGCAAGAGUCCUUGUUUUUUCCUUAACCCAUUGGGAUUUCCUUCUGGCUGACAUUUACUCUCCCUCCCCACUACCCCCAUCUCUUUACUGCUUUGGGGGCAUGGGGACAGCUGAACACUUGUUUUGCACUGAGAACUCUAUUUGGAACAAGAGUAGAGCCCCACAGGUCCUAACUCCUUUCCUCUACAAUCAUGCUAUUUUGGUAUGAACUAUGGCCACCCACCCUGAUCCUGUUGGUAGGGCUGGUGGACCUGCCUUGUUUCUCAGAAAUCUUGUCCCUGUCUCUUCCCACUAUUUCAAAAAUAGCUAUAGUUGAGCAUGGAAAGUGGUGCCAGGGAAGGGCAGCUUUACCUCCAAUCUGGUUGCUAAGUGGAGAUUGGUGAACUGUACCUCUGGAGGAUAUGUUCCCCCCUUGACCCACACUAGGCCAUCCGAUUUAUGGCCUUUUAAUCAUGUGUUGGCACAGUGGCCCCAAUAGCCAUGACAGUUGUAGCUAAAUUGGCAUCUGUCCUCACACGUUCCCUAAAUUGGCUAAUGGUAUCUUUGCUAUCACCCCCAACCUUUACAAAUAAAUGAAGUUAGGGAAUUCUUCUGACCACUGCCCUCUCUCCCAGGUAGUAAGAGGGUAUCUUAAGUUUGGGACAUGUGACCACAACUCUGAAGGAAGAUGGCUGGAGUAGAGGAGAGGCUGGUUCUAUUUCACCAAGGAAAAGCAGUGCAUGGGCCGAAAAGGCUGGUAUUGAAGAAUGAGGAUCAGGGGAAACUUGGUUCCUUGUGUGUUGGCUUCUGUGGCCUGCCUCAAUUCCUUGUGCACAGUGCUCCUCUGCCCACCCUGAACCUUGUUUACAUGUGUUAACAGUAAGGUUUGUUUAAAAUGGAAUCAUCUAAAGGGAAGCUUCAUGCAAGGGCUCUCUGCAAACAUGUCUGUGCUGAAUAAAGUGUUUGGUUUCACUCAGAA